UCGCCCGAUGUGCGCUCACUGCCGCGAUAGAGUAAGCUACCUCCAUUAUUACGCAACAGGAGACAAGUACAAUACCAACUAUGACUGUAGCUGGGAGAAUGGCUUGGUCUGUACUACUUCAGUCAACGGGAAGUACUGCAAGGACUACCAAGUGCAGUUCAAAUGCCCAAGCAUAUGUACCUGUAGCUCAUGCUCUUGCGCAAUGUGGACUUCCUGGUUAGACAGAGAUAACCCAAGCGGCAAUGGAGACUAUGAACACGUGGGGACAACGGGACAUAACCCGUGUUCCAACAAAGAACCCAUUGAUAUCCAGUGUCGCGUCAGAGUAACAAAAAAACCAUGGGAUCAGACGGGCCAGAGGAUCAGAGUGAAGUGCACGCCCUCUGAAGGGUUUGCCUGCGUCAACAGCGACCAGCCGCCUGGACAGAAUUGCUACGAUUACGAAGUUCGUUUUCUGUGUCCGUAACUUUUCUCACU